AGAUAUUAGUCCUAUAUAUAUUCACUUCCUCAGUGGUUAUACUUACAGAUCAUCUCCAAUCAAUCUUAUCUUUUCAUGACCGUCUGCAAUGAAGAGAUACUAUCGAGAUUUGUUGCUCAUCAUCAGCAUCAUCUCCUUUGCUUUUGCUGAAGAACUUCAAUGUUGUUCAGACAAAACAGACUACUUGGUUCACAAAGAGAGACCAGCCGUUGGAGUAACUAGCAGCGAGAGAGCUCAUGGAAGAAUUUCGGAGGUGAGCAAGGCAAGAGGCGUUUAUGGAGGAGGAUCACUUGUCAGACCUACAGGAAAGAAGAACAGAGCCAUGUCCUCCAUGACCAAAUCUGCUUCACUCGCUGUGAUUCAAGUAACAGUUGCAAUUCUAGUCCAUCUUUUCUUGCACUGACAAUGCAAAACCUCAAGUAAAGUAGAAACAGACAAGGGAUUCAUACUCCUACUCUAUCUGCAAACUGCUUUUGAUGCAAAGAUUUGGAAUUUAUAAUUUAUAACA